AUGGCGAGCAGCGGCGUCCGGCCUCAAGCCGGCAUGGCGUCUGGCCUCGGGCCGUGCAAUGGCGGCUUGAGGCCGGACGCCAUGGCGUUGGGCAUCAGGUCGCCAUGGCGUCCAGCCUCAGGCCACCGCCAUGGCGUCGGGUGGCGUCCAGCCUCAGGCUGCCACCGUGUACGGCCUCAAGCCGCCAUUGCGUCCAGCCUCGAGCCGUGCCAUAGCGGCUUGAGGCCAGACGCCAUGGCAUCGAACCUCAGGACGCCGCCAUGGCGUUGGGCCUCAGGACGUCGCCAUGGCGUUGGGCCUCAGGACGUCGCCAUGGCGUUGGGCCUCAGGACGUCGCCAUGGCGUUGGGCCUCAGGACGUCACCAUGGCGUUGGGCCUCAGGACGCCGCCAUGGCGUUGAACCUCAGGAUGUCACCGUGGCGUCAGGCAAUGUCCGACCUCAGGCCGCCGCCAUGGCUGUCGGACCACGGGCGCCGCGGCGUCCGGCCUCAGGCCACGCCAUUGUUGGGCCUCAGUCGCCGCCAUGGCGUUGGAACUCAGGACCCCGCCAUGGCGUCCAGCCUCAGGCCCCACGGCGUCCGGCGUCAGGACGUCGCCAUGGCGUCCAGCCUCAGGCUGCCACCGUGUAUGGCCUCAGGAUGCCGCCAUAGCGUCGAACCUCAGGAUGUCGCCGUGGCGCCCAGCCUCAGGAUGUCGCCGCACUUCAUGCAGUGCGUCCUGCUGGAAGCGGGUGGAUGUGCCUCACCGGCUCUGGGCUCCACCGGACCGGACUGCGUUUAUGUGGAUCAGGUCAAAGCCACGCUUCUGCAGCUGGAGGCCCUGGAGGGGGGGAUCCGGGCCCGUUUGGCCGCCCCCCCCACGCCCUGCCUGUCCUGCGCCGACUGGUUCCUGCCGGCCGCCCGCGAGCGCCCCACCUCCCCCAUCCUCAGCAGGCUGGCCGGGGUCAUCAGAGGCUCCUCCCCCUCUGGAGGAGGGCCAGGACCACUGCCCCCCCCCCAGACCCGGGCGGGAGGCCGGGGGGGCGCCGGGACUCCGUGGGCUCCGACGGCCCCUUCAGGGAUGAAACACCCCAACCCUUUUUACCUGGGAACCCUGAGGAAGAGCCUGACCGAGAGGGAGGCAGAGGAGGUGUACAGCAACAUAAAGCUGACGGCGGGCGCGGAGAACCCGCUGUUCCACUACGUUCUGAUGGAGAACGUGCAGGGCAUCUUCAUCGCGCCGACCCACGGAGAGGUGGCCCAGCUCAGCGGCUCCGUCCACCCACGGCUCAUCAGGAACUUCCACCACUGCUGCCUCUCCAUACGCCACGCCUUCCAGCAGAGCCUCCCCGCCAGGGGCCGGCGGGGGGCGGACCGGUCCCCGGGCGGGUGGGGCCUCGGCCCGGUGAAGGAGCACGGCGUGCUGUUUCAGUGUAAACCCGAGAACUGGACCGACCAGAAGAGGCCGCCGCCCACCAUGACCUACUGGGUCAUCGGGCGGAUGCUGCUGGAACCGGUUCCUCAGGAGUUCUACGUCUGUUUCCACGAUUCGGUGGCCGAGGUCCCGGUGGAGAUGGCCUUCAGACUCUCCUUCGGUCUGGCGCCGUGACCCUGGGGGGCGGAGCCUCCUGGGAGGGGG